GUUUCCUCAAUAUCUUUCUUCAAUGCAUUCUAGGUUAUUUGUCCAGGACAAUGAUAUACCGGUUGUGUCACAGGUCACUGUUGCAGACACCCACUCACUGACUGUGAUCUACACGGCAGUCUCUGGCAUUAAGGAUUUUCCGGAGGUGACUAACAUUGCGAUAGUCAAUGGAGUUCAACUCAAUUACCAUGACACUAAUGUUCGUCGGAUGGUCCCCAGACAGCAGUUCAUGGUGGACUAUUUUGAUGCAGAAUACUGGGAAUAUCUCACAGGUCUCGGGAAUACACGAUCAGACAUGGCAAAGGAGAAUCUGAAUACAAUGAUGCAAAGUACAAACCGGACAUCUGGAAUUCAUGUGUUUCAAUGGAUAGCAAUUGCCGAGAUCACUGAUGACGGCUCUAUUAAGAGAUCGAUGCGAGUUGGAUUUGAUGGAGAGGAUUACCUCAGCUUAGAAGCAGAUAGAAUGAGAUGGAUUGCAACCAAUCACAAUGCAGUAAAGACCAAAGAGAAAUGGAAUGCUGAUGAAUCCUGGAACAAAUAUUGGGAAACACAUCUCAAGCAAGGAUUUGUUCAAAAUUUAAAGAGAUAUUUGCAAGCUGGAAAGCAGUAUUUUGGAAGGAAAGUUCAGCCUGAAGUGUUCAUCUCCAGGAGGGAGCCCAAUGGUCAGGACAAGCCGCUCACUCUCUCCUGCCUGGUCACUGGGUUUUAUCCUGCAGACAUCGAGGUGACCUGGCUAAGGAAUGGAGAGGUCAUGUCUGAGACCCAAUCCUCAGGGGUUCGACCGAACCACGAUGGGACCCAUCAAAUCCAGAAAGAGAUUGAGAUCAAUGCUGGGGAUGAGGAUCAAUACUCCUGUCAAAUUGAACACAGCAGCCUGGCAGAGGGCAAGCUCUAUCAGUGGGAAGUCCUGAAAAACAGUGCAGGAUAUGCUCAUCUUGGAAUUGUGAUUGGAUUAGUCGCUGCAAUGGCUGCAAUAUUCGGAAUAAUCAUCUGGAAAAAACCCUGGAGAGCUUCUGAUAUGUCUGUUCCAGCUCCUUCAUGAUUCGAUAAUCUGACUCCAC